GGGUGGCAUCCUUUGGACCGGGUGGCAACCUUUGGGCCAAAACAGUGUUUCGCGAGCAGUACGGCCGAGUGCAGCGCGACUUGCAGUAGAGAAGAAAAAUUAAAAGAAGUAAAUUUACAAAGAAAAGCUUCUGCGGCAGCAUAAAAAUCCAAUAUAAAAUAGUAAAGUUAUUUGUGUAUGAAACAGAAAAUGGCCCAAAGGAAUGGUUAGAAACAAAAGAGGAGUUUUUGCGGCACAGGAAAAUUAACAACAACAAGAAAGGAAAAGAACAAGACGCUGCUGCGGCCACUCCUUUUGUGCCCGUUGUCUCGUUCCAGAAAAAUGUGUGCGUGUGAGUGCUUCCGUGUGUGUUGUAAUUGAAAAAUUGUGAUUAGUGCAUAAAUUAAAAAGUAGUAGAUAUAAUUGCAUUAAUUAAACAAGUGAGUAGGCAAUAAAAAGUGAAAAUUCUACGCUGCGUACAAAAAUGGGAAAGAGGUUUUUAUUGUGUCUGCAAAAGCUCAAGCAAACUUAACUAGAGAGAUAAGCGAACGAACGUUAAACAUAGACACGCAUACAUACAUACAAGCACAUACACGAACACACGCAUAUAGCGAGUACAGCGUGCGUGUGUGUGUUUAUGACUCACGGCUGGCCCUGUGAGUAGUGAGUGAGCGCGCGAGAGAGCGAGAGUAAGAAGGUGCAAGAGUAAGAGUGUGUGCGAAAGAGAUAGAGUUGCAGAGCUCUACCUACGGCAACAAACACAUAACAAAAAUAAAAACAACAACAACAAAUCCGCUGCCGCGCUUCAAUAGAAUUUCCCAAGUUGAGCGCGACUAAUCGCAUUUGAAGAAAAUUCCAAAGUACGAAGCAGAGAAACAAAGAAUAAAGAUUGUAAAAAAAGGAGAAAGGGAAUAGGGGAAAGGAAAACAAAAUAUUACGAACAUGAGUUUCGCCAAAUGGUUCAAGAAGAAGGAGCAAAUCUCCGAGAUCGGUGCACCGACAAAUUUCAAGCGACACCUUCAUGUAUCCCUGAAUAAUGAGACGGGCGAUCUGGAAGGACUGCCCCCACCAUGGGUGCGUCUGAUGAACACACAAAUCACAAGGGAUGAGCAGGACAAGAAUCCGGAUGCGGCAUAUCAUGCGGUCAAAUAUUACAAUUACUCCAUCAAGAAGAAGGAGCAGGAGGUGUUCAAGCCCUUCAUUACCGAGGAUGUGAUACACGAGGAGUCCAAAGAGAUAGAAAACUAUGUCCACUACAAGAACAAGCACAAAUCCCAGGACAUUGACAAGUCCGAUGACGAUGGCAGCGGCAGCGGGAGUGGCAGUUCAACGGCCACCGAGAGCAGCAGCGGAUGUGGCAGCUCCACGGCGAACAGCAACAGCAGCAGCCUCAACGACAGCAGCCAACAGACGGUGAUACCGCUGGAUGCCCUCAAUGAGGUCAUCAAGGAGCUGGAAUCGAAUUUGGGCCGUGAAACGCUCAAGCCAAUUAAACACAACAACGGCGUCAGCGGUGGCGGCGUCGGUUUGGAGCCGCCACCUGUGCCGCCCAAGAAAUCGUCAAAUCAAAUGCCGCCCAAGCCACAGAUAAAGCCAAAGCCACGUAGCGUUACACAGCAAAAGUUCCGGGGUGUCUCGGAUCUGAGGAGCACCGAUGGCGAUGAUGACUCCAGCACGGGUCACAAAGUCAACACAGAUACCAUCAUCAUUAAGCCAGCGUUGUCGGGUAAUGCCAUUGCCAAUGAUGACAGCAAUGAUCCCGAUGCACCCGAGGAGACGAUACUGCGGCGUUCCAAGGAGAAGCGGACACAGAAAACCGACGAGCAGAUCUAUGAUGAACUGCGGGCCAUUUGCAAUCCGGAAGAUCCACGGGAACGAUACAAGACCACCCAGGAGGUGGGCAAAGGUGCCUCCGGUAUUGUGUUCAUUGCCGGCGACAAUCAGUCGGAAUCCCAGGUGGCUAUCAAAACGAUCGAGAUGAAGAAUCAAUCAUCCAAAGAUCUCAUUCUCACCGAAAUACGCGUCCUCAAGGAUUUCAAUCAUAAGAAUUUGGUGAAUUUCCUCGAUGCGUAUCUGCUGGAGCCCGAGGAUCAGCUCUGGGUGGUCAUGGAGUACAUGGACGGUGGUCCCCUCACCGAUGUCGUCACCGAAACGGUGAUGAAGGAACGACAAAUCGCCUGCGUCUGCCGUGAGGUUCUAUACGCCAUCAGUUUCCUCCAUGCCAAGGGCAUCAUUCAUCGGGACAUCAAGUCGGAUAAUGUGCUCCUUGGCAUGGAUGGUUGUGUUAAGGUCACCGACUUUGGAUUCUGUGCCAACAUCGAGGGCGACGAGAAACGCCAGACAAUGGUGGGCACGCCCUAUUGGAUGGCGCCCGAGGUUGUCACCCGCAAGAAGUACGGCAAAAAGGUGGACAUCUGGUCCAUUGGCAUAAUGGCCAUUGAGAUGAUCGAGGGCCAACCUCCGUAUCUAUAUGAGACGCCUCUGCGUGCCCUCUAUCUGAUUGCGGCCAAUGGACGGCCAGAUAUAAAGAGUUGGGACAAACUGAGUCCCAGUCUGCAGGACUUUCUCGAUCGCUGUCUGCAGGUCGAGGUCGACCGACGUGCCACCGCCGAUGAGCUACUCAAGCAUCCGUUCCUCGACGACUGCAGCGAGGUCAAGGCCCUGGUGCCCAACAUCAAGGCCGCCAAGAAGGUGCUCCGUCGCAAUGUAUAGUUAAUGUGCAAUCAACAUCAUCGAGCGGCCAAAAUGCUCUAUGCGUGAUGUGAAUCCCCUGUACCCUUCCAUCCCCCUUCCACUCCCCCUCCUAGUUAUUGUAUGUAUAUUGAAAAUGGAGUAUUUCCCUCCAAUCUGUGUAAAUUAUAACUGGAACAAAAUGCUGAUUAGUCUUGCAUCAUUAUAAACAACAACAAUGCAAACAACAACAAACGUAACAACAAGUCGUGGGAUAAUUAACAACAAAUCCGUCUCAUCUAUUGUUGUUCAUCGCGGGCCGAUAACAUCGUUACUUGCACAAGGCGCAGUGAAAUGUGACCAGAGCUAAUCACAAACAACUACUAUGUACACAAACAAAAGGAAAAGGAGAAUGCAGAAGGUGGACUGCAGUGACGUCGCAGCAGCAACAACAACGAGAACAACAACAACAACGAGAACAACAAGAACAGAAGCAGAUCACAUAAACGUUUGUUUUGUGUGUAGAUUAGGAAGCGAUCUACAGUUGCUGUACUGUAUUGCUUACUAUUUUUUUUAUUUUGCCUGAGACAUACGAUAUAUAUACAUACAUUUUGAAUACUUAUAAAUAUAUAAGUAUACGACUGGCUGAGAGUGCCCACUGUGUAUACCUUAGCGGUAUAUACUCUUACAAUACGAUUUAAAUUACAAUUACGAUUAUGAUAACGAUAACGGUAACAUACAAUAGUUUAAUUAUGUUUCAUCGCAUGUGUUUUGCCAGUUAGGAUACAAAUACGGACACAUACAUACACACACAUAUGAUAUAAAUAUUGUAUUGUUAAGUGAACAUUAGAUGGAUAAAUGUUUUCAUAGUCUAUAUACAUAUACAUAAAUGUGAUUUAAGCGAUUUUAUCAAAGCUGCAUUAUGCAAUUCUACAUAAAAUUCGUCGUAGUCUCUAAGUGCAACUAAAAAAAAAAAAACAAAAACAAAAUAAAUAUGCAAUACUUGUUGUAAAUUACCAAAAAAAAAAAAAAAAAA